AUGGCAGAGAGCACAACUCAACUGAGUGAAUUCCGUCGAUGGGUUCAAGAACAAAAACCUAUUUUGAAUUCACUGGAUACAGAUGAAUUUUUAUUACGGUUUUUACGUGUAGCAGGUUUUGAUCUGACUGAAGCGAAGGAACAUCUGAUUCGCUUUUGGAAAUAUCGUUCGGAGAAUCCCCAAUGGUUUACAAACCGGGAUUUAAUCAACAAUCCUUCGAUGAUCGAAAUUUCCCAUAUCGUUUAUUGUCUUCAAUUACCGAAACCAACCAAAGACAAUCAAAUAAUCUUUCUCAUGCGAAUUGGCCAAUACGAUCCAACGAAGUAUACAUUUGAUGCUGUAACCAAGUAUGCCUUUGCCGUUACGGAUGUUCUCAAUAGUCAACCGGCAGCGCAAACAAACGGCUUCAUAAUCCUCUUGGAUUUUUCUCAAGUGAAAUUACAACAUGUUAACCAAUUCACACCUGAUUAUACACGUCGGUAUGUGAACUGCUGGGAGAAAAUGUAUCCGGUUAAUCUACAGCAGAUACAUUUUUUUAAUUAUCCAAGUCUGUUCGAUCCGGUCUUACAUUUAUUUCGAAUGUUUUUAAGUCGCAAGUUAAGCGACAAGUUGGUUUUCCAUGGUAAAUCUUCGGAUAAUUCAUCGAAGAACUCGUUGCACCGCCACAUUGAUCCUGCUAUACUACCACAGGAGUACGGAGGUCAGUUAGAGUCAAUUGAGAAAUUAAAUCAAACAUUUGUUCAAUGGACACGAGAAAAUCAUGCGAAAAUGACUCAACUCGACGGAUUUGGUGUCGAUCUAAAACAAGUUUCUGAAUUAUUCAAAAAAGUUCAAAAGGACAAUUAA